AGAGAGAAAGAGAAACAUGGAGGACGCCUGCACCUACCUCGCCGCCGACCACGGCGUGGACCUGAGGCCGAAAGUGUCGACCAACGAGGACUUGCACGCUCAGGUGGGCGGCCACCUGCGCAACCUGGACGUUUGCUGCCGGAAAUAUUCAUCGGCGCUGUACACCCCUUCCGACUGGCACCACGCCAACGCCACCCUCGCCGCUGCAACCACCAACGCUCAAAAUUCCGCUCUCGUGGUGGACAAGGAGUCACGGCAGUGUAUGCGUGAGUGCGCAUGCGCGAGCGACAACCGUCAGAAGCAGAGCACGCGUUCGCUGAAGGAGCGCGCGCAGCUGGUGCGCAGCGUGCAGAGUGACCUGGCCAAGGUGAGCUGGGUGUGCCGCGAGGAGGAGGAGCAGCUGGAAGGGCAGCGGCAGCGCGCGCUCAGGUCGCUCGCCGCCCUGACGCGGCCCACGCUCGUCAACGCCGAGUGCCUAGAGCGCCGACGCAACAGACUCGAACGUGACCUCGUCGCUGAUGACCUCCACCACCAGCUAAAUCAGGAGACGGAGGCGAUCGAGGAGGCACGGAGGCGUAUUUCAGACGCGGCCUCCGAGGCGGCCACGCGGCUGGCCGGCCUGCGGAAGGCCAGGGAGCAGGUGGAGCGCGACUGGGCGGCCAAGGAGAGGGCGGCCACCCUCGAGACGCAGUGCAUCGGCCUCAAAAUCGGCCGCCUCUGCCCGGCGGCCACCCAUCCACCCUUUCAGCAGGUCGAGGUGGAGUCGUGGUCGGCGGCGAGCGAGGACACGAUUGGCGAGGCGGAGAGCCAGGUGGCGGCCUCGAUCGAAUUGCGAAGCCGCAUCGACGAGGCGCUGACUUCAGCGGCGCGGCGGCUCCGCACGCAGGCCGACGCCGUCGACGACGCGCUCGAACGUCGCGUCGCUCAGGUCGAGCACAGCCGCGUCGCCCUUGAAAACCAAAUCGACCAGGUUGUGCGGGGCGUGGUGGAGAUGGAGCGUCUGCAAACCGACCUUCGGAGGGCCGGCUUCAACAACGGACUGCCGCUCAGGGUUGCCCAGCAGCGCCUGCAAACCCGCAAGGCCAGGCCCCAGCCCGCGGAGAACUGCACUGAUCUGCCGCAAUCAGGGUUGCUUGCGGAGGUGGCAGGUUCAGAGGGGGCAGCACAGCAGCUGGAGGCGGCGGAGGUGGCUGCGGAGGCGCGACUGGCCGAGCUGUUGCGCGUGCGGGGCCAUUUGGAGAGCGAGGUGCGCGUGCGCAGACGCUCUCUGCAGGUGGAGCGGCGGCAGGUCGCCCCCCUCCGCGCCCAAUUCCCCUCCACUCUCGACAUCAGUGGCUGAAUAUCAACUCAACAGCGGGAAAUA